AUGGCUACUCAAAAGCAAGAAAACAGAUUAUUCAAUCUAACUCCUAAUAAGUCAUAACAGAUUCAGCAAUCUACAUUUUUUUAGAAAGGUUUUGUUAGUUCUAAUAAUCUUCCAUAAAAAAUUGCUCCUAAUUAUUAAUUUACUUAUGAAAGCAUGCCUAAAGUGAAUUGUCAUUAUCACGUUGAUCAAUACAUUACGAUGUUUUGCAGAUGUCAAACUUGCUAAAUGCCCUUAUGUCCAUAAUGCGUUAAAAUCCAUUCUCAAGAACAUUAGGCCUAUAAUACAUAUGGAGAUUUCGACACUCUUGAGAAUUGUUUGACAGAAGUAUAUCAAUCUGUGGCUGCCAAUUGUAAUAGAUUUGUAGAUGAAAUGGGACAAUUGAAUAAAGUAACAGCAUUAAAUGAAGGAGUCAACUAUUAUAUGGAUAAAGUUAAAUAAGCAAGAUAAUAAUGUUAUUAAGUCAUUGAUAACUUCUUCAAUACUUUGGAAGCAGAACUAGCCUAAGAAAUAGAGGGAAAUAGAGGAUUUAUGACUAAUCAAUCUCAAAACUUUAGUAAAUACUUGCAAUAAAGGUGGAAGACAUUGAUGAGUCUUUUGGAAAAGCUGAAUACAGAUAGAAGUGUGAAGACUCUUGUAAAAUAUUACUCAUCCAAUCUCCCUCAGGAAAAUGAAGAAUAUUAUCAUGAAUCUAAUUAGUUUAUGAAACAGUUCAAUAAAUGUGUUCCUGAAAUCUUAUUAGAUUAAAGCGCAUUGUACGAGUUAAAUAUUGAUUUGGCAAAGUUUGUCUCAUUGAAAAAAGUGCCUGUUAUGAAGUAGGUAUCAAGAGGUUAUCCUUAAUAUUCUCCAAAUGAACAGAUGUAGCCUAUGUAUAAUUAAUAUAUGCAACCCCAACAAAAUCAAACUCUCAUGCCUUUGACAAAUACUGAACCACCCAUAGAGCCUCCAAAGUAAUAUCCAGUGAAACAAGGUUAAUUUAGAUAAGAACAAAGUCGUCCUGUCUAAUAGGACAACACCCAAAUUCAUCCGUAUUUAUUAACUCCUCCGAAAACGAGUAAUUUUUAUUAAUGA